CCUGGGCACAUAUAUAAACCCUGUAUUCUUUCUGGCAAGCACGCACUGGGUUUCUACCUUGAGAACAUCCUACACAAGAUUUCACCCCCACCCAACAACAACCAUGAGGGAAAUCGUCCACAUCCAAGCUGGCCAGUGCGGCAACCAGAUCGGCGCCAAGUUCUGGGAGGUGAUCUCCGACGAGCACGGCAUUGACCCCACCGGCACCUACCACGGUGACUCCGACCUUCAGUUGGAAAGAAUCAAUGUCUACUACAACGAGGCUACAGGAGGCAAGUAUGUCCCCCGUGCCGUGCUGGUCGACCUGGAGCCAGGCACCAUGGAUUCUGUCCGAUCUGGUCCCUUCGGACAGAUCUUCCGUCCAGACAACUUCGUCUUCGGUCAGAGCGGUGCUGGCAACAACUGGGCCAAGGGUCACUACACAGAAGGCGCCGAGCUGGUAGACUCCGUGCUGGAUGUUGUUCGCAAAGAGGCAGAGAGCUGUGACUGUUUACAAGGCUUCCAACUGACCCACUCUCUGGGUGGUGGCACUGGGUCUGGCAUGGGCACACUCCUCAUCAGUAAGAUCAGGGAGGAGUACCCCGACAGAAUCAUGAACACUUUCUCCGUUGUACCAUCACCGAAGGUGUCCGACACAGUCGUCGAGCCCUACAACGCCACCCUGUCAGUCCAUCAGUUGGUUGAGAACACAGAUGAAAGUUACUGUAUCGACAACGAGGCUCUGUACGACAUCUGCUUCAGAACCUUGAAGCUGACCACACCCACCUACGGUGACCUCAACCAUCUUGUAUCAGCCACCAUGUCCGGAGUGACCACUUGUCUGAGGUUCCCUGGUCAACUGAACGCCGAUCUUCGUAAAUUGGCUGUCAACAUGGUGCCCUUCCCCCGUCUUCACUUCUUCAUGCCCGGCUUCGCACCCCUCACCUCAAGAGGAAGCCAACAGUACCGUGCACUCACCGUGCCCGAGCUCACCCAGCAGAUGUUUGAUGCCAAGAACAUGAUGGCUGCCUGUGAUCCCCGUCACGGUCGCUACCUGACAGUGGCUGCCAUGUUCCGUGGCCGCAUGUCCAUGAAGGAGGUUGAUGAACAGAUGCUCAACGUCCAGAACAAGAACAGCAGCUACUUCGUGGAAUGGAUCCCAAACAACGUCAAGACCGCCGUCUGUGACAUCCCACCACGUGGUCUCAAGAUGUCUUCAACCUUCAUCGGCAACAGCACCGCCAUCCAGGAGCUGUUCAAGCGCAUCUCCGAGCAGUUCACAGCUAUGUUCAGGAGAAAGGCUUUCCUCCAUUGGUACACUGGCGAGGGCAUGGACGAGAUGGAGUUCACUGAGGCCGAGUCCAACAUGAACGACUUGGUGUCCGAGUACCAGCAGUACCAGGAUGCCACCGCCGAGGAAGAGGGCGAGUUCGGCGAGGAAGAGGGAGAAGAAGAGGCAGCAUAAACAUGUCACGUGAUCUUACUGACCUUGACCAAAAAAUGUUCUUCACAAGCAACUUGUAUUCUUAUUGAUGUCAGAUUUUGUUCAUAACACAAUCACAGUAGAGGCUUUGUUACUUUUGAUACUAUUUAUAUUUAUUUGUUGUUUACAAACAUCCAUAUAUGACUGAAUCUACUUACAUUUACAUAUCUGAAUCACGUCAAAAAUAAAGUUGGCUUUGAAGUUUUAAAA